AUGGAUGCAGAAAUUGAAGAUCUUAGAAAAGAAAUAAAUGAAUUCAAAGAAAAGAAUCAUAAAUUACAAUCAGUGUUCAAUGGAUUAUGUAAAUCUUUAUCUAAUAAACAAUUUGACGAAAGAAUUUCAACUGUAAAAAAAGAGAAUCAAAAUUAUAGUGAAAGACUACAAGAAUUGCAAUCAGGCAUAGCACAAAUAUCCGAAGAAGAAAAGAAAAAAAUUGAAGAUGAAUAUGAAAAAAAUCUUAAAUUUUGGAGACAAAGAAAAAGAAUGGAAGAACUGGAUAUUGAAAUAGACUUGAUUGGUGAAGAUUCUUUGAAGGCUUUAUAA